AUGGCAGUCCUCUCCUACCCGGUGGGACAGGGACUGGAGCGAUCAGUUAAAGAUAUUGUAUCCCUCCUCGCAAAGAAAUACGUCAAACACCGCACCGGCAUAUCCCGCGCCGUUUACCUGACGCUUUUCCUCGCUCUCGCCAAACGAAUUCACAAUGCCAUUGCCGAGCAAAAGUCUGCCUCUGAGAUACAUGCUAGAAACAGGGCAGGCACUCGAAAGUUGGAUGGGGAUGAUAACAUAGCUGCAGGCGGUGAUGGCGCUAGUAAAGAGGGCGGUGGCUCGCCCCGGAAACGAGUUGGAUUGAAUCGAGAGUUUCUACGGAAUUUACUACGGUUGCUGAAGAUCGUGAUACCAGGAUGGAAGAGCAAGGAGCUCCGGCUACUGAUUAGCCAUUCGGUCUUCCUUGUUUUGCGGACAUUGCUGAGUUUAUAUGUCGCAGAACUGGAUGGAAAACUUGUCAGCAGCUUGGUAAGGGGCAAAGGCAGGGAGUUUCUCCUUGCGCUGGCCUGGUGGAUGACGGUGGCGGUACCAGCCACCUUUACUAAUUCAAUGCUUUCGUAUCACCAAUGCCAACUAGCACUUCAAUACCGAAAACGUCUAACUGAGCACAUUCAUAAUCAGUACUUGUCAAACAUGAACUUUUAUGCUUUAUCCGCGCUAGAUGACCGAAUCAAGAACCCAGACCAGCUUAUUACAGUGGACAUAUCGCGGUUCUCCAACAGCUUGGCAGAGUUAUACUCUAACCUUGCCAAACCGAUUCUUGACAUGGCUAUUUACAAUUACUCUCUGUCGAAGAACGUGGGAGGCGAAGGCCUUUUUAUCAUGGCGCUUUUGGUACAGCUCUCUGCUAAUGCCAUGAGAGCCCUCACUCCACCGUUCGGUAAAUAUGUGGCCGAGGAAGCGAAACUAGAGGGAGAGUUCCGCUUCCAACAUACGCGGUUAAUUGAUUAUAGCGAAGAGGUGGCUCUAUACCACGGUCAUGAAUCGGAGCGAGAUACUUUAGACAAGGGGUAUUUCACCCUCAUCAAACAUGUCAACCGCAUCUUAAGAAGAAGACUUUACCACGGAUUCAUGGAAGACUUCGUCAUCAAGUACUUCUGGGGCGCUCUGGGACUGAUACUAUGCAGUGUCCCUGUUUUCUUCAAAAUCCCUAGCCAGAUAACCUCGACCAUGGGAGAUAGGACUGAGAGUUUCGUUACCAACAGAAGAAUACUGCUCUCUUCCUCUGAUGCCUUUGGAAGAGUGAUGUUCUCAUACAAGGAGAUCUCCCAGCUUGCUGGCCAUACCUCUCGCGUGGCAUCUCUUUUGGAGGUAAUGGAUGAUAUCACUGCCGGUCGUUUCCAGAAGAAACUGGUUUCUUCCGUAUCAACAGAGGCUAAUGCCGCUGUCCUUGGAAAGCGCGGGACCAUCGUGGAAAGUGAUUCGAUCGAGUUCACUGAUGUUCCAAUCAUUUCACCCAACGGAGAUGUCUUGGUUGAAAAGCUCACUUUCACCGUCCAUCCGGGAGAGCAUCUUCUCAUCGUUGGCCCUAAUGGGUGUGGAAAGUCAUCUCUUUUCCGUAUUCUCGGUGGACUCUGGCCAGUAUAUGGUGGUACAGUCAAAAAGCCAUCCUUUGAAGAUAUCUUUUAUAUACCCCAGCGACCAUAUCUGUCACGCGGAACCCUUCGGCAACAGGUCAUUUAUCCCGAUGGUCUCAAAGAAAUGCACGAAAAAGGGGUGACCGACUCAGACCUCUUCGAUAUCUUAUCCAUUGUGGAGGUUUCUACCAUUGUUGACAGACCUGGUGGAUGGGAUGCUGAGGAAGAGUGGCGAGAUGUGCUGUCCGGCGGACUCCAGCAACGAAUUGCUAUGGCACGACUGUUCUACCAUAAGCCAAAGUACGCCAUUUUAGACGAAUGUACUUCUUCAGUCACACUGGAGAUCGAGAAGGUCAUGUAUGAGACUGCUAAGAAGCUUGGUGUGACCUUGAUGACAGUCUCGCACAGGAGGAGUUUGUGGAAGUACCAUAAAAAGAUCCUCCAGUUUGAUGGCCAGGGAAAUUGUAUCUUUACAGGCUUGGACUGGGAACGCCGAUUGAAGCUUGAAGAUGAAAAGGAAGAUAUUGAUCUUCAGCUUCGAGCUGUUCCCGAGUUAGAACGUCGCAUUCAAGAACUCACUACUGAAUAG